GGUUUUAGCAUAUUGGAGAUGUUCUGAUCAGUUCUGGACUUCAGAAUGAACGUUUUGAGAGGUUGGCACGGCUAAUCUGACCAUUGCCAACAACUUUAUUAGAAUUUGUUGUAUUGAUUAAUAUUUUAAACCAAUACCAACAACAUAUUACUAGAAAAUACAUUUGAAUUCUCCAUACAUGUUGUCAUUACCAAAUACCUUUUCUAGCGUAAAAAUUUGCAAGCUUUUCGCCGUGUACACUGCUAUUGAAAUAACGUUUCAUGGUAGAUAGUUGGUAAGCUGGCGGACGGUCAUUUGCAUGUUUACAUCUGCUCGAUCCAAACAUUUCGCGGAAACCGCCACAAACGUUUCUGUCGGCGUGGAUGUUGACUUUUGUGAUGUGAGUCGAAGUUAACGAUUGAAUUUUAAACAUAUUAAUGUAAAUGAGCGUGUUGUGACGUGUGGAACAAAUGUGAAGAAAAACUGGCUAGAUUUUGAAUAAGGGAGAGACUACUUUGCACAUCUCACUUGUCGAAUGCCCAAAAAUUAUGACAUAUUUGGGAUUUUCGGAAAUACCCCCUGAGGGUUAUAUUUCUUUAUAUGAAGCUGGAGGCAAGACGCAGUAUUCUUUACCCGAGAAUGCCCAGUAUGAUGGCAUAGCGAAAUUUGUGGCAUGUUAUCCUCAUGUGAAUGUUACACAUGAAUUAAUGCGAGCUGCAGCUCGUUAUGAAGAAUCCAGUGAUGUUUUCAUACCCUCGCACACAACACUUUUGAAAAAGCUUGUACAUGGAUGGUACGAGCAAGGAUUUCUAGAAGCCCUCCAUAUUGCUGCAUCUCCUGCUACAGUUGAUGCACCUCAGUGGUUGCAAACUGCUGCUCGGUGGGCAUUAUCUUUUACUCGCCUUCUUGGUAUCCACCGGCAACGGGAGAGUGGAACACGCUUAGUGGCCUCUCUGACGCAGAAGGACUUGGACAAGUGUUGCAUAAAUGCCAUGGCUUGGCAUCCCUACACGGUUCGCUUAGCAGUGGCAUUUUGGGAUGACACUGUGAGAGUGUUUGGUGAAUCCUCCAAUAGACAGAACAGGCCAGUCUUAAAAUGCAAGGGCCAACAUUUUGUUUCCUGCCUAGCUUGGAGGCCGUUAUCUGGUCAGGAACUAGCUGUGGGAUGCGAGUCAGGCAUAUUUUUAUGGUAUGUGGAGUCUGGCACUGCAUCUUCCUCGUAUGGUCGAUGUGUGCGCCAACUGGCCCGUCGAGGGCACAGCCCUGUGUCUGCUUUGGAAUGGAGCCCUGCUGGGGAUCUCCUGCUUAGCGUAUCUCCUCUUGACACUGGUGUGUAUGUCUGGGAUCCGGAUACUGAGCGCAGCACUUGUCUGAGACAUGUAGCAGGUGGAGGGUCUUGUCUUGCGGCUUGGUCACCAAAUGGACAGCGAGUCUUUACAUCCACAAUGGGCUUAGUUUUCAGGGUAUGGGAAACUAAGCGGUGGAAAUUUGAGCGCUGGACUGUGCAGUCUGGCCGUGUGCAAUCUGCCUGCUGGGGUGCAGAUGGCCAUCUCUUGCUGUUUGCUACAACAGAAGAACCAUGCCUCUAUUCUUUAGCAUUUUUCAACAAUCAAACUGUUUUCCGGGAAGAGGUGGGUCUACCUGCUGUUACUGCCCAGCGAGUGCUUGACCUAACUGCAACAGAACUGCCAACUGGUGAAAGAUUGGGUGGCCUGGUCUCCUCUUUGACUUGGGAUCAUACAAGUCGUUACUUGGCAAUAAUGUUCAAAUCUUGCAACAUAAUUGCAGUUUAUAGAACCAGAGUUGAUCACGGUUUGCACAUACUACCUUGCUGUUUAAUUCGUGGUCGCGCAGGAGAAACGCCAAGCAACAUAUGCUUCCAACCCAAUUUCAAAGAAGGAGCUCUUUUAACAAUUGCAUGGUCUGGUGGUUAUGUGCAGUACUUCCCUAUUAUGACUCGUGACUUUGAAUCGGAUGUGUAUCCCAGAGCACUUUCUGAAAGCUUAGCCUCUUCUAGAGGUCAUGUGUCUUCUUGGUCAGCUGGUGGUUCAUUUAUUAGCUGAUACUCUUCACUUAAUCAAGAAAAAAUGCUCUAUUUUUUAAACGUUAGCCUGUAAAAAUAUUUGUAUCUUUGUUCUUGGCAAAUUAUUAAUGAAUACUAUCAUAAAGAAAAAGUGAUUUUUAUGUCCUCCUUAAUUACACUCG